AUGGACGAUCCGAAUGAAGAUACUGAAUGGAAUGAUAUUUUACGGGCUAAAGGAAUUUUACCUCCAAAACCAGGUCCAACUGAAGAAGAAAUUUUCGAGGAAUUAGAUAGAGAAAUUAAAGAAAAACAAGAUAAACAUCUUGAGGAUAAAACAUUAGAUGAAUUAGAUGAAUUAGAAGAUGAAGAGGAUGAAAGAAUUUUACUAGAAUAUAGACAGAAAAGAAUAGCUGAAAUGAAAGCUGAAGUAUCGCGCGAAAGGUUUGGUCAUGUGAUGCAAAUUUCGAAACCUGACUUCGUAAGAGAAGUGUCUGAAGCCAGUAAAGAUGUUUGGGUAGUAGUACAUUUGUUCAAAGAUUAG